AGGCGCACUGGAAUGAUCCCUCUUCAAAAAGCGAUUUCAACACCUCCCCACCCCCACCAGCAUCAUCUCAUCCUCUUAAAUCCUAGAAAUUGUACAUUUAUUUUCCCCUUCACCCGUCUACCAAAUCGGGGUUGUUUUAAAAAAAAACACGAAGGGAGGCGACAUCAAGGUCUCUUCAGUAGCACGGUCACGAAAACGCGUGCCACGUGACGUGCGUUGCGGUACAAAAAAUUAAAACCGUAUUUACCCUCAACCCUAGCCAGCCUAAACCAGAGAGAGGAAAAAGAAUGAAGAGUGCAAUUCCACAGCAGAAGGUGCUGCAACCAGUUCACCAGCCGUUCAGUACUGGAUCAGACCAGACUACUUUCGACCUCAUCUCUCGCUACAAGGAGCGCCCUUGGGAAUAUCUGCAGAGCGAAGAAUACAUUGAGCGUUAUGGAAAACAGCCUGUCUGGGCUGACUAUCGGAGGAACCACAAAGGUGGCAUCCCACCUCAGAAGACCCGGAAAACCUGCAUUAGAGGUGACAAGAUCAGUGGUAAUCCUUGCCCCAUAUGUCGAGAUCCAAAGAUUCAGGUCGACCACAGGAAUGUGAAACUGCUGGAACAGUUCAUUUGUCCUCACACUGGUACCAUAUAUCAUCCGACCAGAACUGGUGUUUGUAUGAAACAGUACAAGAAGUUGACCAAAGCAAUACAAGAUGCUAAGGAUCAUGGUUUGCUUGGAUUCCAAGUCCCACACAUUGAGAUCAAUCUGGACAAUUACUCUGGCUCACAUGGGGCAGUGGGCAAAACCCCAUCCCCACCCAGGCAGGAAGGUCCUUGGUACAGCUGGUAUGAUUGGCAGGAUCCACCCGAGAAGGAGAUUACUCGGAUUCGCAAGAUGUACAAACCCUUCCUGAAAGAGGACGUUGCUCAAACUUCAACUAAAACAACAUAGCUUUUCAAAUGAUCCCAACACCAAUUAAUGGCCAUGUGGGUGUGUUUCUAGAGCACGCUGAAAUUUUGAAUAAAAUGUGAAAACACUCA